AUGAAAACUGAUCCUUACAGUUCUUAUAUUCGUUUCACUUCCUUAUUUGAUUUGGUUAUAACAGAUUUUUGUUUUGUUUUAGGCUUGUCAUUGAAUGAGCCACAAUUGUGUCAUAGUGCAUCUUGGAAUCGUCGUGGAAUUACUUUAACUAAUCAGUCUACUAGUGAAUUCAGGCCACGACGCAUUUUUAUCACUACAAAUAACACUAUCUACGUUACUCAUUCGGAAGAGAAGAAUGUUUUGAUCUGGAAUGAUAACGACCCUACACUUACGAAAAUCAUUUCAGGAGAUAUCCGAAGUCCCAAAUCGCUCUUCGUAACAUCAAAUGGCGAUAUUUACAUUGGUAAUAAUCGUACCGAUCCCGUAGUAAAGAGAUGGACAUCGAAGAAAAACAUUUUUGAAAUUGUCAUGAAUGCAAGCAAUGCAUGUUAUGGUCUGUUUGUAGACAUCACUGACACUUUGUACUGUUCAAUUUUUCUAAAACAUCAAGUCGUGAAAAAAGACUUGAGCGACGCUUCAUUCAUACAUAUUCCUGUUGCUGGAACAGGUAAUAAAGGAUCUGCAUUCGAUGAACUUUACGAACCUCAUGGGAUCUUCGUUGAUGUAAACUUGGAUUUGUAUGUGGCAGACAGUGGCAAUCAUCGAGUUCAGCUUUUUCGAUUUGGAAAAAAGGAUGCUGUUACAGUAGCAGGUAGCAGGUCAGACGAAUUAACUGUUUCACUUAGAAAUCCUAGUGGAAUUACCUUGGAUGUUAAUAAGUAUUUAUUUAUCUUGGAUAGAGGAAAGGAUCGUAUUAUUGGAGAAGGACCAUACGGUUUUCGAUGCGUGAUUGGAUGUUAUGAGAGUUCUUCCUCUGAUCAAUUAAUCUCUCCAAUGGCUAUGAGUUUCGAUGUAUUUGGUAACAUGAUCGUUAUUGACGCAAAAAAGGAACGUAUUCAAAAAUUCCGCCUGGAAAAUUUAUGCGAGCCGUCGAUCAAUCAACCGACCUUGUGUCCAAAGCCAGUUUGGAAUCGAAAUGGAAUAACUUCUGCUGAUAAAUUCACACUUGGCUCGAAUCCUACCGCCAUGUUCAUCAAUGGAAGAGAUUCGCUUUACGCAAUUAACCGCGAGAAAGGAGAAGUCUUAGUUUGGCAUCAGGGUGCCAUCGAUCUAUCAGAAACUCUUUCCACUACUUUUCCUAACUCAUCUUCUAUAUUCGUUAUGCCAUAUGGUGAUAUUUUCAUCGACAACGGAGUGUUCAACAAUCGAGUGCAGAGAUGGAUCACUAAUGAGCAGACAUUCAUCAAUGCAAUGAAUGUCUUUUCGUCGUGCUUCAGUUUGUUUAUCGAUCCAAAUAAUUAUUUAUAUUGUUCAAUGCCAGAUCAUCAUCAAGUUAUGAAAAAAGAUAUUCAUGAUCCCAUCAUGACAUUGAUCACUGUAGCCGGAACGGGUGAUCCAGGAUCGUCGCCUGUACAACUCAAUCGUCCUCAUGGAAUUUUUGUUGAUGAAAAAUUCGUUCUAUACGUAGCAGAUUGUGAAAAUAAUCGAAUUCAACAAUUUCACUUGGACGCAGCGUUUGGUCUUACGAAAGUGGGAAAUGAAUCAGUGGAAAACCGAUAUUUACUUUCGUGUCCAAUCGCAAUUACAAUGGAUCGUCUACAAUAUUUAUUUAUUAUUGAGUCAAAUAAGCAUCGCAUUCUUCGAGCAACACAUAAUCGUGUUGAUUGUGUCAUCGGUUGCGAUGGAGUUAGCAUAAAAUCCACUCAGUUGUUGUUUCCAUCGAAUCUUGCCUUUGAUAGUUUUGGAAAUGUGUUUGUUAUGGAUUCCGGAAAUCAUCGAAUACAAAAAUUUGAAUAUUCCAAAAACUCUUGUGAUAUGACAUCAAUUAUCCCGCUAAUAAAUUCAGUAGAAUUGACUGAAACUAGUCAAAUAUAUUCGCGUCAAUGUAACAGAUUCAGGUAUUAUUACGAAGCAUUCGAAAUCCGAGUUCCCGAAAGCCGUUAUUAUACAAUAUGGAGUAGUGCCACGAUCGACACAUACGGUUUGAUCUAUGAGAAGAGUUUUGAUCCACUUAAUCCAAAUGAGAACCUUCUUAUUGAAAAUGCUGGUGAAAAGUCUCAAAAUCAAUUUAAAUUUGAACUUCCACUGUAUAGUGAUACGAAUUACAUAUUGGUUAUAACAACAAAUCAUCCAAUGACCACUGGUAACAUCACAAUUCGUAUGUUGGGUUUAGAAAGUGUCACUGAUAAUCGUCUGACAACUCCAGUGAACAUUCUAUUUAAUUAUUCAUCUGAACUAACAACUGGUAGUCCCAUGUAUUACCGAGAUUGUCAACGACCGAAAUGUUAUUACAAAACAUUUGAAAUCUAUGUCAACACAAAUGCAUCUUAUCUCAUUUGGGUAGAAAGUUCAAUUCAUACAUAUGGUUAUAUUUACGAGAACCAUUUUGAUCCACUAAAACCAUCGGUCAAUCGACUUUUUGAACACAAUGGAACGUGUAAUCAAGAACAACUGAAAUUCAUUGUAAGUCUUCAAAUUAAUAUUCGAUAUGUCUUAGUCGUCACAACUUUUGAUUCAUAUACCAUUGGGGAAUUUUUUCUUUACAUCUCCGGAUUAAAUCAUACCAAUGUCACCGUUCAACACUUCAAUCCGAACAAUAAAUAUUGUGUGAUUGGUGAUCAGUGUAAUCUUCAUUUUAAAAGUAUUGGAUUAACACUCGAUGAUAUUUUAUAUGAAGAACUUCGAAAAGGUUCACCAUUAAGUCAGCAAAUUGUUUCCAUUAAAGUGAGUGCUGCCCUGGUCACUCUGAUGUUUGUUGCUGGAUUGAUCAAUAGUUUUCUUUCGUUUAUUACAUUUCAAAACAAAGAAGCGCAACAGGUUGGAUGUGGAUUGUACCUCCUCGCAUCAUCAGUCACUUCUUUUCUUGCGAUCAGUAUGUUUUUCGCCAAAUUUUGGUUUGUUGUUUUGACUCAAAUCGAUCAUUCAACAAGUAUUUUGAUUCAUCAAAGUGGUUGUAAUUCAAUUGAACCUAUUCUCAAAUUUUUUCUCUAUUUCGAUGGUUGGUUAAAUGCUUGCGUCGCAAUCGAACGAGCAUUUCACGUUUACAAAGGAGUUAAUUUUGACAAACAACAAAGUCGACUUGUCGCGCGAUGGAUCAUUGUCAUCUUGCCACUUUGUGUUCUGUUAACUUUUGUACAUGAAUUCAUCUAUCGAAAUGUGUUUUCGUAUGAAGUUUCUGGCAAUGGAACACAAGUGAUGAGUGCAAGACGAUAUGAUUGGUGUGUAACUGGUUAUUCUCUUGCUGUUCAAACCUAUAAUACAAUGAUUCUAUUUGUUCAUUUAUUUGGCCCGUUUGUUGCCAAUCUCUUCUCUGCUUUGUUCAUCGUUUUUGGAGUUGCUCGAACACGAUCGAAAACACAAAAGAAUCAAAAUUUCAACUUGCUUAUUCGUAAACAAUUCAACGAACAUAAACAACUGAUUAUCAGUCCAAUGGUUUUACUUGCUCUGUCAGUGCCGCGUUUAGUCAUUUCAUUGCUUCCUGGCUGUGUGAAUGCAUCCGAAAAUUUAUGGCUAUAUCUCAGCGCUUAUUUUAUAUCGUUUAUGCCAUUAAUUCUUGUGUUUCUAAUCUUUGUUGUACCUUCAAAGCUUUAUAUGAAAACUUUCAAAGAUUCAUUUAAGAAAUGGCGACACCGAACACGUCAAUGA